AAGCGACCAUUUGUAACGUGAAGCCGGCGCGAGCAGCGUCGCGAAGGAACAGCGAGCAGCUCAUCAACCACCACCACCAACACCACCGGCGGCGGCAGCAGCGCGCGCUCUGGAGUGUCCGUGCGAGAGUGCGGCGUGAUGCAGCAAGACCGCGACGAACGAGUGGUUGUCAACAUGCAAACCGGCGGCGCGAAUAUGGCGAUGGCGGCGGCGGGCUGCUUCGUAGUGGACGUGUUCCUCGUCGGCGAAGACGGCACGCAUCGCAAGAAGUUCGCGCGGUCGACGGCGCGCGCUAAACUCGACUACGAUCCUCAAGGACUCAGCCUUAAACUUUUCCAUGAACAUGAAGACACAAUUCUUCUGGAGUUUCCCGUACAUGCCUCCACAGAGUGUUGUAGGGUCUCCUCAAAAAGCUACAUAUUCCACAUUGAAGAUGAAUCCUUAUUUUUUAAAUUCCUAAAUGAAGAUGAUGGGCGAUUGUUUCACAUAGCGAUAACGAAGGUAAAGAGCGGUAAAAACACCUCCGUGUUCUCCAUCCGAACUGAGGACUCGUCGGCGAUGCAAUAUUUCCAAUUCUACGGCUACCUCUCACAGCAGCAGAACAUGCUGCAGGAUUUCGUGCGGACUUCCACUUACCAGCGGGCUAUUUUAUGUAAUCUUGCCGAUUUUAAAGACAAAAUAGUGUUAGAUGUCGGCGCGGGUUCAGGCAUUUUAUCCUUCUUCGCCGCGCAAGCCGGUGCAAAGCGUGUGUAUGCAGUCGAAGCAUCCACAAUGGCGCACUUUGCGCAGAAGUUGGUCAACGCCAACAACCUACACGAUGUGAUCAAAGUAAUCGCCGGUAAGAUCGAGGAGAUUGAAAUCCCUGAGAAGGUGGAUAUUAUUGUCUCGGAGCCGAUGGGCUAUAUGUUGUACAACGAGCGUAUGCUUGAGACGUACCUGCACGCGAAGAAGUGGUUGGCGCGUCCAGGCGGCAAGAUGUUCCCGUCCAGGGGCGAUUUGCACAUCGCUCCGUUCACCGACGACGCUCUCUACAUGGAGCAGUUCGGUAAGGCGAACUUCUGGUUCCAGACGUGCUUCCACGGCGUGAAUCUGUCGGCGAUUCAGAACUGCGCCAUCAAGGAGUACUUCCGCCAGCCGAUUGUUGAUACGUUCGAUGCGCGUAUUUGUCUCAGCAAGUCCGUCCGCCAUGUUGUUGACUUUCUUGACGCUUCGGAAACCGAUCUACAUUCGAUUGAUAUUCCAGUAGAAUUUCACUUAUUAGAGUCGGGUACCUGCCAUGGUCUUGCAUUUUGGUUCGAUGUGGCUUUCAUCGGUACAGAUUCCACUGUGUGGUUGAGUACAGCCCCGACUGAACCACUAACUCAUUGGUAUCAAGUGCGUUGUCUGCUUGAGGAACCGAUUUUGGUGAAACAAGGGCAGAUUUUAACCGGACGCGUUCAUUUAAUUGCCAACAAGCGUCAGAGUUAUGAUGUUACAAUCGAAUUACAGCUGGAAGGCACAACGCAACGCUCGUCCAAUACUUUGGACCUAAAAAAUCCGUAUUUCCGGUACACUGGAGCGCCUGUUCAGCCCCCACCGGGUGUGUCUAAUAUUUCGCCAAGCGAAAACUAUUGGAAUCAGUUGGAUGCGCAAGGAGUACGAAAUGCUGUGAAUAUGGUGAAUGGAAUGUCUGUCAAUGGCCUUGGUGAAGUUUCGAUGGACACCACUCAGACUGUUAUUAGUAAUACAUUGAUUGCGCUCGAUCCGACGCAAUUGCACGAAGUGCCGCAGCCUAGCAUCCAUCCAGGAUGCAUUUCGAGUACUGGCCGAGGACGUGUGGCUGCCAGCCCCACGUCUACACCGACUGCUCAACUUAUUGGAGGCGCCAUGUCUCCAUCGCUCUUCACAACUCCUACAGUUCAACAACAACCUUUGGUGAUGACCAACUAUCCAGUGGCGGCUAACUUGAUGAUCGGCGACUACAUGGCGCCCGGCAACGGCGUCAACAUCCCGGCCUACCGGCAGUGAGCCACGCUGCGAAAAUGCUCAAUUAUUUAUUAAUCACACGACGCAACUGAAACAAACGCGUGACGAUAAUUCACCACCGACGACAUAACACUACAAAUCAAUAACAAACAAAACAAAAACAAUAAUCCUCACUUAGUUGUAAGUAGCAGAGAAUUGUAAAACCAGGAGUGGACGCAGAACGCGCGCUUUUACCUUAAAUUAAGGAUCAACGCAAGGAGACGAUAUUGAUUUUAAAUGAUGAAACAAACAUAUCUUUAUUUUUUACACGAUGAGAUGCGAGAGAGAUCACGACGACGAGGUCUGUCUCCACUUCUGCUCUGUCUUGUGAUAGCUUAUUUUAUUUAUUGAACCAGAAUGAUGCCGACACCGGUUCUUCUCGAAGCUGGACUAUCGAUUAAGUUAACUUUAUGCUUAUUUUUGCACCACACGUCACAUCUUAACACACAACGCGCACAACACGUUAAUUAUAUGCCACACAACAAGAAAAGACAGACGUGCGUUCGUUGCCCACUCAUGUAACCUAACCUCUAAUAACCUAAACGUUUAAUUUUUAACCUAUGUGUAAAUAUUAGCGAGUAUAUUGUGUUUGAUUUUCGCUUAUUUUUAGCGGGUGUGUCUUUUGAUUCGACGGCCGAACGCACGUCAAACCGCUUCAACAGUUUCAAGAACGAACUCGACUUGAUUUAUAUGAUUAAAUUAAACAUACACUUUAUAAUAAUUUGUCGUAAGUGCGCAAGCGUUUAGUUUUGCCCCGGGAGCCGCCAUGAUGAUCAGUAUUGUUGUAGACACUCGAGGUGUAUUGUUAUCAGGUGGACGCGGGCAGGAUAGGUAGAUAGCAGCAGGACAGUUCCGCCGGUUUGAUGUUCAAACCGGACUUAAGCAGCCUCGGACUGACUGGGAGUAAUUCAUUAGAAAUGCUAUGCUUUUAAAGUGCCCUGUAACUGUAUAAUAAAAAUCAUGGGUGUUGAGAAACAAACGCGACGCCAUUUUGAAACAACA